AUGGAUGAUGAUUUUUUUAUCUCUAAUACUCCCAAAAUUAUAUUUAAUAAAUAAACUAAUGAUAUUUAAAUAGUUGAAGAUGAAGAAGAAGAAGACGAAGAGUAAAAUCAUGACUAUGAAGAUAUAGAUAAUGGUAGUCUUAAAUUUAUAAAAGAUA